GUAGUUGUCCAAAAGAGAAGAAUCCCUUGCUAUUGCUAAUAACCAAAACCAGCUCACACACACACCACAAUCACCACAGAGAGAGAGAAAAAGAAAAAACCCUUACUUGCAUUGCAUUACACUACAGCAUCACCUUGUGUUCCUUCCCAACUACCCCUCAUGACUUGUCGCCGACCCGACCCGACCCGUUGAGUUCGCCGGAAACUUUGGCCAAAAGGGUAUCGGAAUUUGCCCAUGGCCUUCAAUUUCGAACCUUAGAGACCCUUCAAGUUUUCACCUUUUUUUCUCUAAUUUUAUUUUCAACUUUUGGUGCUGAUUUUCUGAAAUCACUUCAACUGAGUGAUUGUGAGAUUUUGUUGUGCGUCGACGAUAUGUACGUGGUGCCUCCGCCGCAGCGCUCCGAUCCGGGUUCAGGAUCCGGUGAUUUGCGGGUCUACCAAGCAUGGAAGGGUAGUAAUGUACUGAAGCAAUAUUAGUGAAGUGACCAGUGAUGGUUACCAGAAACUACAACAUCAAUUGGCCUUCUUCAUUUGAUUGAUGUGUUAGAUUUAAGCUGAUUUGUUUCAAAAAUUUUUUCUUCAGGGAAGGUUCAUAUUUGGACCAGAUGUGAGAUCACUGGCGCUGACAAUUUUUCUUAUUGUUGCUCCUGUCGCAGUUUUCUGUGUCUUUGUUGCCAGAAAACUGAUGGAUGAUUUUUCUGAUCACUGGGGUAUAUCCAUAAUGGUUGUUGCUGUUGUGUUCACAGUUUAUGUCUUAGUUCUUCUUCUGUUAACAUCUGGCCGAGAUCCAGGCAUAAUUCCACGCAAUGCACAUCCUCCAGAGCCGGAGGGUUUGGAUGGUAAUGUUGAUGCUGGUGCUGGCCAGACUCCUCAAUUGCGGUUGCCUCGCUUUAAGGAGGUUGAAGUCAAUGGCAUCCCUAUUAAGGUCAAGUACUGUGAUACAUGCAUGCUCUACAGGCCUCCUCGAUGCUCGCACUGUUCAAUAUGCAAUAACUGUGUAGAGCGGUUUGAUCAUCACUGUCCCUGGGUUGGGCAGUGUAUUGGGCUGCGCAAUUAUCGGUUCUUCUUCAUGUUUGUCUUCUCAACUACACUACUUUGUAUAUAUGUUUUUGCAUUUUGUUGGGUCUAUAUUAGAAGAAUUAUGAGGUCAGAGGAGACAACAAUUUGGAAAGCAAUGAUAAAAACACCAGCCUCCAUCGUGUUAAUAAUUUACACCUUUAUAUCAAUGUGGUUUGUAGGCGGCCUCACUGCCUUCCAUUUAUAUUUGAUAAGCACAAAUCAGACUACAUAUGAGAACUUCAGAUACCGAUAUGAUCGACGAGCCAACCCAUAUAAUAAAGGAGUGUUGAAUAAUUUCAGAGAGAUAUUCUGCAUCAGCAUUCCCCCAUCAAAGAACAAUUUCAGGGCAUUGGUGCCAAAUGAACCAGCAUUACCUGCUCGAUCAGUGGGUGGGGGCUUUAUGAACCAAAAUAUGGGAAAAGCUGGUGAGGAAAUAGAGAUGGGCAGGAAAACAGUGUGGGACAUGGGUGCUGGAAUUGAUGAUUCUGAAGCUCAAAUGAACAAUGAUCGUGUGACUAUAAAGGAUGGUGAAUUGUCUCCUGAAAUUAGGACAACAGUAGAUGAAGCAGACCGUGCUGGAAUGCAUCCUAGGCGAUCUAGCUGGGGAAGGAAAAGUGGAAGCUGGGAAAUGUCUCCGGAAGUUCUUGCUUUGGCAGGCAGGGUGGGGGAGCCAAACCGUGUGGCUGGAGGUUCCAGUAGUAGCUUGACACAUGAGAACCGUAAUACGUAGCCUUUAUGCAACAAAUAGUGUGGCCAAAGGGACUUGAAGAUUUGAUUUUACAGUUAUUAAACAAAAAUUACAUUGCUCAUGUGGUAACUCCAUGGCAAAAUUAUUGUAUGUGCAGUAUGGGGGGUUGUAGGCAUUUGCAAGGUUUUUGUAAGUGUUGUUUUCACUGUUCUGCGUCUAAGAAGAAAUUGUUUGGUGUUCUGAGAGUGAGCUUUGCUUUGCUUUGCUUGAUGUUGUACUAUGCUUACCAAUUAAUUAGCCUUUGCACCUGCGGGAGUUGCUGCAGCUAUCUCUCUCUCUCUGUCUGGCUUAAUGCUGAUGACAUGUAGUAUUGGGAGUGUGUCCUGGAGGACAUCAAAGAUGGAUCAAGCAGAAUUGUUCUUGCUAACUUGCCUCUGAUGCUUGAAUUGAAUGUAGUUGGUGUGUUAGGAUGAUGAACUAAUUGAGACACAUUUUCCAUCACUUAUUCUAUUUUUAAGUAGGAAGAUUGUGUACCAUGUAUAAUACCAUUAAGUCAUACAGUUCCUGGUUCAUUAAUUGUGUAAGGAUAAUGUUUGUGUUACAAAUACAACCCACCACUUUU